CAAACAAGACGUCCGUCUUCUUCCAAACCGUACGGACAUAGGUUGGGAAACAAAGACAGAUCGUGAGGGAAGAACCAAACUCGGGAAACGGUAAGAGCCCCAACGAGUGAUUCGAAGGGAAGGGCCAAAGAUGCAUGCUUUCGGUUACAGAGCCAAUGCUCUGCUCACGUUCUCCGUCACCAUUCUCGCUUUCAUGUGCGCGAUCGCCUCCUUCUCCGAUAAUUUCAACCAUCCAACUCCUUCUGCUCAGAUCCAGAUAUUGAAUAUCAACUGGUUUCAGAAGCAACCCCAUGGAAAUGAUGAGGUCAGCUUGACGCUGAACAUAACGGCGGAUUUGCGGUCAUUGUUUACUUGGAACACGAAGCAGGUUUUCGUUUUUGUAGCGGCAGAGUAUGAAACCCCGACUAAUUCCUUGAACCAGGUUUCUCUAUGGGAUGCUAUAAUACCCGCCAAAGAACACGCAAAGUUCUGGAUUCAAAUCUCGAAUAAGUAUCGGUUCAUUGAUCAGGGACACAAUCUCCGAGGGAAAGACUUCAACUUGACAAUGCACUGGCAUGUCAUGCCCAAGACCGGGAAGAUGUUUACUGACAAAAUUGUGAUGUCUGGUUACCGUUUACCAGACGCAUACAGAUGAUGAGAACACACCGGGUUCCUAGGGUUUUUGGAUUCUGAUUCCAUUGGGAGUUUUGUCUCCUUUUUUUUUUUAACUGUAAUGUUUUACCAAAUCCCCUUCACGUUUCAGGCGUUAAUAGACAUCAGAGAGGUUUCUUCAGUUAGUUAA